CCGGCCCAGGGGGAGGGACGCCCGGCCCCGGCCGCUCCGCUGCUCCGGCCGCGCGUCCCGCGUCCGUCUGUCCGUCCGCCUGGCUGCCGCCCCUCGGCUCCCGCCGGGGUUUCUUUGUGCGGCGCUCCUCGCCGGCGGGUCCCCCCUGCAGGCCUCUCCCGUCGCCGUCGCCGCCACCGGACUCUGUCCCGGGGAAUGGUCUGCGGGCCGGGUUUUUGGAGACAGGAAGUGAGGCGUGCGAGCCCCAUGAGCGCGCCGCGGCGCGGGCUGGCGUGCGGGAGCGGCUGCGGCGGCCGCGCGGCGGGGCCCCGGGAGGCGGAUCGCUGAGCGGGGCACGGGGCCCCGAGGAUGCGGGAGCCGGAGCAGCACUGGCGUGGAUGCUUCCUUCACCUGGCCUUUGGAGACUUGGUUGCUUUUUAAUGGCGGCAGCAGCUGCAGGGUGAGCAGCCAGAGACUAGACAGCCCUUCCUCCCAUCGUGAGGAGAGGAUCGCUUUCUUCUGGAGUCAGUCACCACCGCUGGAUUGGUGGGGGUGCUUUUCCCUCUUCACCCCUCCACUCUUGAAGGGAGAAGAAGAUGCCACUGCCAUUUGGAUUGAAGCUGAAACGCACCCGGCGCUACACUGUGUCCAGCAAGAGCUGCCUCGUUGCCCGGAUCCAGCUGCUCAAUAACGAGUUUGUGGAGUUCACCCUGUCUGUGGAGAGCACUGGCCAGGAGAGCCUAGAGGCUGUGGCCCAGAGACUGGAGCUGCGGGAGGUCACUUACUUCAGCCUCUGGUAUUACAACAAGCAAAAUCAGCGCCGGUGGGUAGAUUUGGAAAAACCUCUGAAGAAGCAGCUGGAUAAAUAUGCGUUGGAACCAACCAUCUAUUUUGGAGUGGUGUUUUAUGUGCCUUCAGUCUCACAGCUGCAGCAGGAGAUUACCAGGUAUCAGUAUUAUCUGCAGCUGAAGAAAGAUGUCUUGGAAGGAAACAUUCCUUGUACGUUAGAACAAGCAAUUCAGCUGGCAGGCUUAGCGGUUCAAGCUGAUUUUGGUGAUUUUGAUCAAUAUGAAUCCCAGGAUUUUCUUCAGAAAUUUGCCUUGUUUCCUGUGGGGUGGUUACAAGAUGAAAAAGUAUUGGAAGAAGCAACCCAAAAAGUGGCCUUCCUGCAUCAGAAAUACAGAGGGCUCACAGCUCCUGAUGCUGAGAUGCUGUACAUGCAGGAGGUAGAGAGAAUGGAUGGCUAUGGCGAAGAGAGCUACCCUGCCAAGGAUAGCCAAGGCAGUGACAUAUCCAUUGGAGCAUGUCUCGAAGGUAUCUUUGUGAAACACAAGAAUGGAAGGCCUCCUGUGAUAUUUAGGUGGCAUGAUAUUGCUAACAUGUCCCACAACAAGUCUUUUUUUGCGUUAGAGCUGGCAAAUAAAGAGGAGACCAUCCAGUUUCAAACUGAAGACAUGGAAACAGCAAAAUAUGUAUGGAGACUCUGUGUUGCACGACACAGAUUUUACAGACUAAACCAGUGUAACUUGCAAACUCAGACCAUCACAGUGAACCCCAUCAGGAGGAGGUCUUCUUCAAGGAUGUCUCUGCCUAAGCCCCAGCCCUAUGGGAUGCCCCCCCCACCCCAGCUGCAUUACAAUGGACAUUAUCCAGAACCGUAUGCUUCUUCCCAAGAUAACCUCUUUGUGCCCAACCAGAAUGGAUACUAUUGUCACUCUCAGACAAGUCUGGAUAGAGCCCAGAUUGACUUCAGUGGUCGAAUCCGUAAUGGCAGCAUCUACAGUGCACAUAGCACUAACUCUUUAAAUAACCCUCAGCCCUACUUGCAGCCCUCACCUAUGUCUUCCAACCCAAGCAUUACUGGGAGUGACGUCAUGAGACCCGACUAUGUCCCAUCACAUCGGCACAGUGCCCUGAUCCCCCCAUCGUACCGCCCGACCCCGGAUUAUGAGACUGUCAUGAAGCAGCUCAACAGGGGGAUGGUGCAUGCAGAAAGGCAGAGCCACUCGCUGAGGAACCUCAAUAUCGGCAACUCUUAUGCUUACAGCAGGCCCGAUGCGCUGGUUUACAGCCAGCCUGAAAUUCGGGAGCACAUGCAUUUGACCUCUCCCCAGUCAGCCCACUAUCCAUUCAACUUGAAUUCCAGUUUCCAUAGCCAGUCUCCUUAUCCCUACCCGGCCGAGAGGCGGCCUGUGGUGGGUGCUGUCAGUGUGCCUGAGCUGACCAACGUGCAGCUGCAGGCCCAGGAUUACCCUGCUCCGAACAUCAUGAGAACACAGGUGUACCGCCCGCCCCCGCCCUACCCGUACCCGAGGCCCGCCAACAGCACCCCAGACCUGUCCCGCCACCUCUACAUCAGCAGCAGCAACCCGGAUCUCAUCACCAGGCGAGUGCAUCACUCGGUGCAGACGUUCCAGGAGGACAGCCUGCCCGUGGCCCAUUCGCUGCAGGAGGUCAGUGAGCCCCUCACCGCGGCACGGCAUGCCCAGUUACAAAAGAGGAACAGCAUUGAGCUGGCCGGCCUGACCCACGGCUUUGAAGGCCUGAGGCUCAAGGAGAGGACCAUGUCAGCCUCGGCAGCAGAUGUGGCACCGCGGGCCAUCUUGGCAGGCUCCCAGCCAAAUGUCUUCACUGAAAGGAUGAAACAAGAAGAGACUGAAGAGCAGGAAAGCUUGAGAUAUGGUCACAAAAAGUCUCUCUCAGACGCCACCAUGCUGAUCCACAGCAGCGAAGAAGAAGAUUUUGAGGAGGAAAACAAGGCACUGGCCACCCUCCCUGCCAGGCAGCUGGGCAGCUACUGCCAGGACCCACAGCCAAGCUGCCCCUGUGCUGCAGUCGCUGCAGUCACCGGCCCUCUGCACAUCCUCGAGCCCAAGGCCCACGUCACAGAGACUGAGCAGAGGGUGCGGGACGUCAGCCCCAUUCACGUGGUUGUUGAAGCCCAGCGGCCCAGAAGAGAUGGGCUGCUGUCACCCUCCAUGUCGGAGUCUGACCUCACGACCUCAGGGAGGUACCGAGCGAGGAAGGACUCUCUGAAGAAAAGGCCGGUGUCAGAUCUCCUUUCUGGAAAGAAGAACAUUGUGGAAGGACUUCCACCAUUAGGGGGAAUGAAAAAGACUCGAGUAGAUGCCAAAAAAAUUGGUCCUCUUAAAUUGGCUGCUCUAAACGGACUCUCCCUAUCUCGACUGCCUCUGCCUGAUGAAGGCAAGGAAGUGCCUACCAGAGCAACGAAUGACGAAAGGUGUAAAAUUCUGGAGCAACGGUUAGAACAGGGGAUGGUAUUCACAGAAUAUGAAAGAAUUCUUAAAAGACGGCUAGUUGAUGGCGAGUGCUCAAUAGCAAGACUCCCUGAAAAUGCGGAAAGAAAUCGGUUCCAAGAUGUCCUUCCCUAUGAUGAUGCUAGAGUGGAGCUGGUCCCAACUAAAGAAAACAAUACUGGUUACAUCAAUGCAUCACAUAUUAAGGUCUCUGUCAGUGGAAUUGAAUGGGAUUAUAUUGCCACACAGGGACCAUUACAAAAUACCUGUCAGGAUUUUUGGCAGAUGGUAUGGGAACAGGGAAUUGCAAUUAUAGCAAUGGUGACAGCAGAAGAGGAGGGUGGAAGGGAGAAGAGCUUCAGGUAUUGGCCACGACUUGGUUCCAGGCACAACACUGUCACCUAUGGAAGGUUUAAGAUCACAACCCGGUUUCGCACAGACUCUGGGUGCUUUGCCACCACAGGCUUGAAGAUGAAGCACCUGCUCACGGGGCAGGAAAGGACAGUGUGGCAUCUCCAGUACACAGACUGGCCCGAGCAUGGCUGUCCAGAAGACCUCAAAGGAUUUUUGUCAUACCUUGAAGAGAUCCAGUCUGUUCGACGCCAUACAAAUAGUACAAGUGAACCAAAAAGCCCCAACCCUCCAUUGUUGGUCCAUUGCAGUGCUGGAGUAGGAAGGACUGGCGUCGUUAUUUUGUCAGAGAUCAUGAUUGCCUGUCUGGAACACAAUGAGGUAUUGGACAUCCCCAGAGUGCUGGACAUGCUGAGGCAGCAGAGAAUGAUGCUGGUGCAGACCCUCUGCCAGUACACGUUUGUGUACAGAGUUCUCAUUCAGUUCCUGAAAAGCUCCAGGCUCAUCUAAACUCCCACAGCCACUCAUGGGGACCGAAUCAUGUGAAGCGUUUACAGCUAAAAAGAAGGGCUUGCCUAACUCAUACGAUACAUCAGGACAUAAAUGGUGCAGUAAGAAUGGCUGCGCACUGCAGGAAAUAUGCAAAGCACAAGGCUGAAGAGGGGGAUUUCCAGCCUGGGCAAGGUGCUGAAGGAGGACUUGGUUUUGAGGGCAUUGCCCUGCUCUGCUCUGUCCAAUUUGCAGUACUUGCACACAUUUUGGAGAUUGUAUUUUCUAAACAAUUCUCUAUUUUAUGGAAGCUAUGCUGGGCAAUUCUGGCAAUCAUUAAGGAGUAUAGAUUUCCAUCUUAAACUAGUUUUUGAUAAUGGAAUUUUAUUUUAUGUCUAAAGUAUUUAGGGGUUUUCUUAGUGAGAAACUGAAUUUUCCGUGGGGAUGAUCCACAGAUGUGAGUGGUUUCUGUAUAACGCUGUAUUUAAAACCAUAUUAUUAUCUUUCAUUAUCUUAAAAAACCUUGGGUACUUAACAGUUUAAUCACCAAAUCCAGAACUGUAAGGAGAAUCUAAAAGUGUUAUUUUGACACUUUAUAGUGUUAUAGAAAGCAUUUUUAUAUUCAGAAAACUUUUUAUCCUACAGAUUCUAUAUAUUUGUACCUUCUAUAUUUUCCAAACAAGAGCCCAACUCAUUAAGAUGUUGAAAUGAGUUAGCUAAUGUAAAGGAAAGUUGGGAGUGAAGGCACAUUAUUUAAAAUGUAAGAGGUUAAUUAGACUCAUAUUUUUUCAGUAUUAUUCGUAAAGCUAAAUGAGUUUGAUUUUAUUGGUUGAAAAGGAAGUGAAAAGCAAUUGAAAAGGAUGGCUUUAAGCACUUUCUUGUUAAAUACAAAUUUUAAUAUAUGUGUUGCUUCAUGGAUGAGACAAUAAGAAUGGACAUUGCUUUAGAAGAAGUGGUUUGGAAGAGAGAAGGAUUAAGAGUACGUAAGAUGACCAGGACAUGAGUAAGUGGAGCGUGACAGCAGGAUGCUUUCGUCCCUACAGAAAUGCAGUAUUAUCUAUACUCAGUGUGAGGUGCUGGGGUGGAGAGUAGGGGCUUGGGAGUACGGAGGCCAACCUCACAGAGCUAUCCCUGGGGAAUUCAAGGCCUGUCACUGUCAGUGACUUAGUCUGUUUCCUUAGAGUUCUUUCCCCUAAACCUGUAUUCUUGUCACACAUAAAUUCAGGUUUAUAGUAUCAUUAAAAGGAGCCUUGAAGAAGCUUUAUUUUCCGUUGGUUGAAAGAAGGGAACAGUUAAUAAUAGUUUUGACCACUUCUUCCAAACCCACAGUCCAGACUUGUAGGGCCACCAGAGAUUACUGUGGUAUUCAAUAGGUACUUGAAUUUGAGCUCCCUCAUCUCCUAACUUCACCUCUGGGGUCAAUGUUAGCUACUUAGUCCUCCCUCCCCCAUCCCGUUUAGACCCAUCCCACUGGACAGAGCCUGGCUGAGUCAAAGGGGGAGAGUGUCGUUUUUGGCCCAGGCUGAGAUGGCCUUGUCACAGUUACCGUUGAGUAGGUAAGGACUUAUUGGUGCAUUUAGCUGAGGGGCCAUGUCCUUUUUCCUUCUUCUGAGGCUGUUUCCUGACAAAAUGUCAAAUCUAGGGCUAUUUCCCCAAGUUAAAGUAUUCUAGACCUCAUUCUAAUUCCUAUGUCACUCCUAAAGCAGUUUAACUCACUUUUGUGAACACUAACGUGUGCUGUCAGCCAUGAGACAGGAUUUUCAUAUACACAGGGUACACCAGCCUAACUCUGAUUCACCCAGAAACCAACCACGUAAGAGAAAAAUUCAGAAGACAUUAAUGAAAGUGAAUAUUGAAAGUGGGCACACACCUCACUUAGGAACGAAAUAUUAAUUUUAAAUCUAAAAUUGUUUUAAAAGUCCAGCUUAAAGAACAACAGAUUCUAGUGAAAAUAUUCAGAAAGAGCUCCCCACAAAUAUGGAAUAUGAGUUUUUUAUGGUAAUGUGUCCCAGCUCCACACUAUAUAAAGGACAGGAAUUUUUCUAAUGCCUUUUUUUCUUCCAAUGGUACAUUUUUAAAAAAUGCUUUUCUAUUAGGUUUAAACAUUUUGAAAUGUCCCAUUAACAAUUUUGUAAAACAAAAAUCUAAAGAGUAAUAUAUGGUAUAUUUGUGUUCCUGUUGUAAUAUUUUGAUGAUUAAAUUUCUUACGAGGGGAAAAUUACACUGUUUAAAUAUGUCACUCAUAAAAUGUCGCAUGUUUGACAUUGCUUCUAAGAGCCAUGUAAUUUUAAACUUUAAUUGUGGUUAGUGAAUAUGAAAGGAUUUCUGAAUAAAAAAUAAUCUACA